AUGUCGGCUAUUCACUGCUUUGUUUUUAACCUUUUGCUCAACACCGACGAGGUUGAAAUAAUUGCAAAACCGUCGUCUUGUUUCCCUCCACACGAAUGCCACCAAUAUGGUGGCAUUCACACUUCCACUCUUUUGAGUUUUGACCCGUCACUGGUACUAAUCCUUAAUAAAACUUCAAUGCUUAGCCAUGUCAACUGGUUAGCAAUCAGUAUCAAGAAUCUAUCUAUAUAUAUAGAUGGAGAGAUGUCGGCUAUGAUCUCUGCUUUAACACAUGUCAUAUGUGGUGAUGAUCACAACAAUGAUGACGAUGCUUUGAAUCAGAAUAUGAAUCAUGAUAUUAAGCCGUUUGUUUCUGCAAUAGAAUCGUCAACUUCUUUGUCUUAUGGUGAUAGUUCUUCUGCUCUCAAGAGAAGAAGGGAAGAUGGUGGAUUCUUUGACAAUAAGCAUCAAGUUGGAGAACGUUCGAACAAAUGGACGAAUACAGUAACAACCACAGAGAGGAACCAAAGUGAAGAAACUAUAUAUGAAUACAGAACAGACAAUAAUAAUGUGCCAAAUGAAGAUGAACCAAAAAGAAAAUACAGAGGAGUGAGACAGAGGCCAUGGGGAAAAUGGGCUGCUGAGAUAAGAGAUCCUUUCAAAGCUACAAGAGUAUGGUUAGGAACAUUUGAAACAGCUGAAGAUGCAGCCAAAGCCUAUGAUCAAGCUGCAUUGCGUUUUAGAGGGAACAAAGCUAAACUCAACUUCCCUGAAAAUGUUAGACUCAAGCAACAAUCUUUUGUUGAUCCACCAAUGGUUCAGAGUGAAGAAUCUCUUUAUACUUUGGAAGGUUCAAAUAAGUUUUAUGAUUAUUUUCAUGGUCAGAACAUUCCCAUGGCUUCUUCUUUUCAGAGUUCAAUGGCACCAUCAGCUUCAUAUUCUUUUUCUUCUUCUAAUUCUCCACAGACAACUUCUUCAGUUCCUUCUGUUUAUUCUACUCAGUUGCCAGCAUGGUCUUCUAGUUAUAGCACCUCUCCCUCAGGCUGA